AUGACAUCUCUAAGUCCAUAUUUCUUGUCAAAACUCCAAACGUUGUCCUCUCCAUACUCUUCAGCUUCCCUUGAUCAUCAAAAGCAAGAUCCAGAUGACAGAUACAGAGAAAAGUGUCAAAGUUUGCAUGAGAGUGAAAACCUUGUUAUUUGUUCUCCCGCUCGGGUCCGAAAGCUAAUAGCUUCCCAGUCAGACCCACUCCUCGCCAUGGAAAUAUUCGACUUAGCUUCGCGACAGCCGAAUUUCCGGCAUUCAUAUGCCGCCUACCAUACCCUUUUACUCAAACUCGGCAACUCUCGCCACUUCUCCCACAUGGAGGCCCUCCUCUCUAGUCUCAAGACCAAAAACUAUUCCAUUUCUCCAUCUCUCUUUUCUCAUGUCAUAAAAAUAUAUGGCGAGGCAAAACGACCCGAAAAAGCCCUCAAAAGUUUCUACUCGAUUCUCGAAUUCAACAUCAAACCCAGCACUAAGCACCUCAAUAGCAUCCUUGAAAUCCUGGUUGCCGACAGUAAAUUUCUCAAACCUGCGUUCGACCUUUUCAGGUCGGCCCACAAACAUGGAGUCCACCCCAAUACCGUUUCCUACAACAUCAUGAUGCGGGCUUUUUGUUUGAACGGUGACCUGAGUAUUGCGUACACUUUGUUCAACCAAAUGUUCAAGCGUGAUGUUCUUCCCGAUGUGGAGACUUACAGAAUCCUAAUGCAAGGGCUGUGCAGGAAGAGCCAGGUGAACGGAGCUGUUGAUUUGCUGGAGGAUAUGUUGAACAAAGGGUUUGUGCCUGACACCUUGAGCUACACCACUUUGUUGAAUAGCUUGUGCAGGAAAAAGAAGCUCAGGGAGGCUUACAAGCUUCUCUGUCGGAUGAAAGUGAAAGGGUGCAAUCCGGACAUUGUCCAUUACAACACGGUCAUUGCAGGGUAUUGCAAGGCGGGCCGGGCUGCAGAUGCCUGUAAGGUUCUGGAGGAUAUGCCUUCCAAGGGGUGCCUGCCCAAUUUGGUGUCAUAUCAGAAUAUAGUCGUGGGGUUAUGCAAUCAGGGCAUGCACGACGAAGCAAAGGGUUAUGUUGAGGUGAUGGUGUCCAAGAAGAUGUGUCCUCAUUUUUCGGUCCUUCAUAUGCUGGUUAGAGGCUUUUGUAAAGCCGGGAGAAUUGAAGAUGCUUGUGACGUGUUGUCUGAGUUGUUGAGGCAUGGGAAUAGUCCUCAUGAGGACACUUGGGCUGAGAUUAUACCUAGGAUUUGCGAGGUGGGUGAUGUGGAAUCAACGGGAGACAUCCUGAAACGGGUUUUGAAGGUGGAGAUCAGGCCGGGCAUGAAAAUAGUGGAUAUUAGUUCUGGUUUGGAGGAGUACUUGAUGAAGAAGAUAAAAACUAGGUGA